AUGUCUUCAACUCAAGUGGAAACCAUCGCUGACACAGAGGAGCAGCUUCUCGCUGACCUCGAGGCAAGCAAGACCCUCCCUCUGUGGAAGCAGAUGGCACGUCUGAACCCCGCAGCGCCAAACCCAACAACUAUUCCCAAUGUCUGGAAGUACAGCGCUAUCAGACCCAAUCUGGAGCGCGCUGGCAAGCUCGUGCCCGCUGAACAGGCCGAGCGCCGAGUCUUGAUGCUCACCAACCCAGCUCGCGAUGCACCCUUCACCACCGACACUCUCUACGCCGGCCUGCAGCUUGUGAUGCGCAAUGAGACUGCGCGCGCACACCGACACACAGCCUUUGCCAUGCGUUUCAUCAUCGAAGGCCAGGGCGGUUUCACCGCUGUGCACGGCCGUCGCAUCAAGAUGCAGCGUGGAGAUGUCAUCCUCACUCCCACCUGGAACUACCAUGACCACGGAAAAGAUGGUUCUGGACCUAUGGUGUGGCUGGAUGGUCUAGACCUGCCUAAUUUCAGACACUUCCCUGUACACUUCGUGGAGCACUUUGAUAAGCCCCGGUAUCCCGCAGAGGAUGUUGACAGCACUACUUCGCCGUUGGUUUUCCCGUGGGUUACCAUGAAGGAGAAGUUGGAUGGCGUCGCUGGGGACUGGGUUUCGAAGAGAUAUUUGAAGGAUGAUGGAUAUGAAGUGAGUCGCGUCCUUGGAGGUUGUGCUGAGCGAAUUUCCGCAGCAAAGGCUUCACCGUCCCGCAGGGAAACUACGUCUGCUGUCUACCAUGUCAUCACCGGUAAAGGACGCUCGACCAUUGGUGACAAGGAGUAUAGCUGGGAGCAGGGUGAUACCUUCUGUAUUCCGGCUUGGUAUAAGUACCAGCACUUUGCGGAUGCUGAAGAGUCCGUUUAUCUGUACCGGUUUGACGAUAAGCCCAUGAUUGAUGCGCUGGGAUUCUAUCGCUCGGAGGAUAUGGAUGUUGAGUCCCUUGUGGACGAGUAA